UGCUCAUAGAAACAUAUAGAAAUGAAACGUUCAUACACUAUUACACGCUCAUGCGAUCGGAACAGUCCGGCGCGUGCCAGGAGUUUAGAUUAAACCUCAAUCAUGUAGUCAGCAGAUGGCCGUGAAAAAGCGCGCGGGGACACCAGCUUCACCCUCCUCCUCCUCCUCCUCCUCAGAGCCACAAUAGGUUCGGGACCCUCCCCACCGACGCUCGAGGCCCCUAUAUAAGACAGGAGUCCGGUCUUAGGACCACAAACCACCAUCGACUUUCAACGAGCUCACAUCUCAAAGCAAACAUGCCUCCUCACAUCAUCCCUGACACAACAUACUCCAUGAGCUCCAGAAUGACUGUGGCUCAAAGGAAAGAGGCAAACGAACUGAGAAAGACUCUCAAACCUCUAAUGGAGAAAAGAAGGCGCGCGCGCAUCAAUGAGAGCCUCAACAGGUUAAAGGAUCUGAUUGUUCCUCUGGCUGGCAAAGAUACGUCCCGCUACUCAAAGCUGGAGAAAGCCGACAUCUUGGAAAUGACCGUGAAGUUUCUCAGAGAUCUCCAUUCUUCACCUGCUGAAGCCCAAGCAGACAGUUACAGAGAGGGUUAUGACGCGUGCCUGCAGCGGGUCUCGGCGCUUCUCCCGCGCACGAGCCUCGACCGCGAAACGCGCGCGCGGGUGCAAGACUUUGUCCAGCAGGCGAAGCUCCCGAGCUCACCAGCCUGCCGCACGUGCAGCGCACGCGCCUCCAGCGUGCUCGCACCAAACCAGCACGAGCGCAUUCUGAGCCCGAAAUCCAACGACCUCCUGCGAAGCGAAAACCGCUCGAGCGUCACUGGACCGAUUUCCGGUGGAGUUCAUGCAGCACCUCAGACAGCAGCUCCAAACAUGUGGAGACCGUGGUAG